AUGGACCUCGUGGAUCCUGACAUCUUUAAUAGGGACCCCCGGGACCACUACGACUUGCUGCAGAGGCUAGGGGGCGGCACCUAUGGGGAAGUGUUCAAGGCUCGGGACAAGGUGACUGGAGGACUGAUGGCAUUGAAGAUGGUGAAGAUGGAACCUGAUGACGAUGUCUCCACUCUUCAGAAGGAAAUCCUCAUUUUGAAAACGUGCCGGCAUGCCAACAUCGUGGCCUAUCAUGGCACUUACCUUUGGUUGCAAAAGCUCUGGAUCUGCAUGGAAUUCUGUGGGGCUGGCUCUCUUCAGGAUAUCUACCAAGUGACAGGCUCGCUGACGGAGCUCCAGAUUAGCUAUGUUUGCCGAGAAGUGCUCCAGGGACUGGCCUACCUGCACUCACAGAAGAAGAUACACAGGGACAUCAAGGGAGCCAACAUUCUCAUCAAUGAUGCUGGGGAGGUCAGACUGGCUGACUUUGGUAUCUCGGCCCAGAUCGGGGCAACGCUGGCUCGACGCCUUUCCUUCAUUGGGACACCCUAUUGGAUGGCUCCGGAAGUGGCAGCCGUGGCCCUGAAAGGGGGCUACAAUGAACUGUGUGACAUCUGGUCCCUGGGUAUCACAGCCAUCGAACUGGCGGAGUUACAGCCUCCACUCUUUGAUGUCCACCCUCUCAGGGUUCUCUUUCUCAUGACUAAGAGUGGUUACCAGCCGCCCCGGCUGAAAGAAAAGGGCAAAUGGUCGGCUGCCUUCCACAACUUUGUCAAAGUCACCCUCACUAAGAACCCCAAGAAACGACCCAGCGCCACCAAGAUGCUCAGUCAUCAACUGGUGUCCCAGCCGGGGUUGAGUCGAGGCCUGAUCUUGGACCUUCUUGAUAAACUGAGGAACCCAGUGAAGGGGCCCCCAGGUGGUGAUGCUGAGGAGGAGGAACCUGAGCUACCCCCUGCCAUCCCUCGGCGGAUCAAGUCCACUCAUCGGUCCAGCUCUCUGGGGAUCCCAGACGCAGACUGUACUCGGCGGCACAUGGAGUUCAGGAGGCUGAGAGCAAUGGAGUCCCGACCGCCGACCCACCACACCGUUCUCUGCCAGCCUCCCGGAGACAGCAGAAGCAGUAGUCCCAGGGAGCACCUGUCAGAGUCCGAGGAUGACUACGAUGAUGUAGACAUCCCCACCCCUGCAGAAGACAUGCCUCCUCCACUACCUCCUAAGCCCAAGUUCCGUUCCCCAUCGGAUGAGGGUCCCGGAGAGAUUGGAGAUGACGGACAACUGAGCCCAGGGGUGUUGGUCCGAUGUGCCAGUGGGCCUCCCCCACGCAGCAGCCCCCAUCUUGGACUUCCUCCAGCCACCUGUAGCCCCCACCUCACAGCCCAUUCAGAACCGUCACUCUGGAACCCAGCUCCCAGAGAACCUGACCUGCCUCCACGACUGCCCCCGAAGAAGGAAAAGAUGAAGAGAAAGGGACGCGCCCUCCUCAUAAAGUUGUUCAAUGGCUGCCCCCUCCGGAUCCACAGCACAGCCGCCUGGACACACCCCUCCACCAAAGACCAGUACCUGCUUUUGGGAGCAGAGGAAGGCAUUUUCAUCUUGAACCGGAGUGACCAGGAGGCCACGCUGGAGAUGCUCUUUCCUGGCCGUACCACCUGGCUGUAUUGUAUCAACAGUGUCCUCAUGUCUCUCUCAGGAAAGACCCCCCACCUGUAUUCUCAUAGUAUCCUGGGCCUGCUGGACCGGAGAGAGAGCAGAGCAGGGAGUCCCAUCGCUCACAUUAGUCCUCACCGACUCCUGGCAAGGAAGAACAUAGUCUCCACCAAGAUCCAGGACACCAAAGGCUGCCGCGCGUGUUGUGUGGCGGAAGGGGCGAGCUCCGGGGGCCCAUUCCUGUGCGGGGCAUUGGAGACCUCUGUGGUUCUGCUCCAGUGGUACCAACCCAUGAACAAGUUUCUGCUUGUCCGGCAGGUGCUGUUCCCGCUGCCGUCGCCUCUGCGGGUGUUUGCACUGCUGACCGGACCAGGCUCUGAGCUGCCCGCUGUAUGCAUCGGCGUGAGCCCCGGGAAGCUGGCAAAGUCAGUGCUCUUCCACACCGUGCGCUUCGGCGCACUCUCCUGCUGGCUGGGCGACCCAAGCACAGAGCACAAAGGACCAGUACAGGUGACCCAGGUGGAGGAAGACAUGGUGAUGGUUUUGAUGGACGGUUCUCUGAAGCUGGUGACCCCAGAAGGGGCUCCGGUCCGCGGCCUUCGCACCCCAGAGAUCCCCAUGAGUGAACCAGUGGAGGCCGUUGCUAUGAUUGGGGGUCAAGUCCAGGCCUUCUGGAAGCAUGGCGUGCAGGUGUGGGCUCUAGACUCAGACCAGCUGCUGCAGGAGCUGAGAGACCCAACUCUCACCUUCCGUCUUCUUGGCUCCCCCAGACCCGUGGUGGUGGAGACACGCCCAGCUGAUGAUCCCACUGCCCCGAGUAAUCUCUACAUCCAGGAAUGA